GGGAGGGAGAAGAAGACGCUGACUGCUGAGAGGGAGGGAGAAGAAGACGCUGCGUCAGAGCAGGUAGGUGCACCUUCAAUGCGGCUACGUUUCCACGUCCCUCUACCAAGUUCGAAAUAAAUAACUGUUGGCUGUAACAAAGUAACCUCAAUUCGCACUACUUUUUUUCACCAUUCACCUGAAAAAUAGAAGAGAAGCUGCAAUCUAGGGCACGUCACGGGAAAAGAUGGACCCCGAACAGACGUUCCUGCGCGUCCACGCCAAGCUAUCGGGCAUGCUGCUGCGAGUCCUCAAGCCCAGAAUCCGAACUGCCCUCGAGUACAUCCAUCUCGUCGUAGCCCUUGCUCUCUUUUGUCUGUUAGUCGUGAUGCACACAAACUUCGUACAGCAGCCGGGCUGCUCAAGCGAGUUUUCUGGACUUGAAAUGGCAGAUGCCGAUCUUGUACAUAUCAAGAUAACUAGUACUGGGCUGUGGUCACUGAAUACAGCUGAUGGCAAUAUCAUGGAUACUUCUGAGCAGGAAAGUUCAAUUGAUAGUUUAAAAAUCCCAGACAUGGAUGGAGAUGGAUUGACUUUUUUGGCAGCAAAGUUUUGGUCGAAUUGGAUAGGUUCAGGAGCUAAGAGGGGCAAACUAAUAUUCAAAUCUUGGAAGAAUGAGAAAGAGUUUCUUGAGCCUGAAGCAGAAAGUGCAGCUGACCGUGGUGGCUCUAAACCAGUUGUAAAUGGUGCUGAAAUUAGUGUCGAUGUGGAGGCACCACACAUAGGCUUUCCAUUAUCUGCCAAGGAGUCAGUUAGAUCAGCAGUUGUUCACUUCUGCAGCAAGUGUCGUAUACUUUUUUCUUCCUUUUGGAGAAACGUGAAGCAGUUCUUUGGGGGUUUCUGCCAGUUAUGGAAUACUGCAGGAUGGGCUGUGCUUCUGGAUAUGCCAAGGUCGUUAAAAACAUUCCGCUUGGAAAGGCUAGACUCACUUAUAGUGCAAUGGCUUGAGAAAAGAAGCAAAGCAUUUGAACCAACUUAUCUGUAUACUGUUGAGAAGGGGUACUUCUUUCUUCCUGAAGGAGCUAAAUCUCGGCAUAACAUACGGACUGUCAACAUUAGCAUUCCUGCUCAGCAUCCCUGCUUUGGGAACAGGUGGCAGCAACUUCUCAUAAACAGUUUUGUGGGUUAUGAUACAAUUUUAAUGAAUAGUUUACUGAGUUCUCCUGGGCAAGGUUAUCUGUAUAACUUCCAAACAAAGGAGUUCUAUGAUCUUAGUUAUGCGCAUGAACCAGCAGAAGGUUCUUCAAGAUUUGAAGACUACCUUGUGACCAAAUGUGGUGUGCUUAUUAUGUCAUUGUUUGUUUUCUUCACGACAACGAUGUCAGUUUCGUUUACCUUGAGAGAAACACAGUCUCGGAUGCUUAAGUUCACAGUGCAGCUCCAACACCAUGCUCGUUAUCGGCUUCCCACAUUCCAGUUGAUCUUCGUCCACGUUAUUGAGUCUCUCGUCUUUGUACCGAUUAUGAUUGGCAUCCUAUUUUUUCUGUUCGAGUUUUAUGAUGAUCAGCUCCUUGCUUUUAUGGUCCUGAUUCUUGUCUGGUUGUGUGAACUAUUUACAAUGAUAAGCGUCCGCACACCAAUAUCGAAGCAGUUCUUUCCUCGAUUCUUCUUGCUCUAUUUCUUGGUGUUUCACAUCUACUUCUUUUCUUAUGCUUCAGGUUUUUCAUACGUGGCUUUUGCAACAACUGCAGCAUUCAUGCACCACCUCAUCCUGUAUUUCUGGAAUCGCUUUGAGGUUCCAGCCCUUGAGAGAUACAUGAGAAGCCGGCAACUUGGCGUACACAUCACCUCUUCCACCAUCCUCACCUCCACCCUCCACAUUGCAAGGGUAAACAUGAGAAACCCAAACCUGGCCAACAAUGAGCUUGGGUCAGGAUCUGGGCCCAGUGGAGCAUCUGAGCAAGAGAGGCCUGAUGUAGUCGAAGGGGUUGCAGACUUCUCUGCACUUCAAGAACCUUUGGCAGCAAAUGACCAAGAUCGGAUAGGCAAUCCCCACCAGUUCCAGGAAUCAGACUCAAGGCCAGCAGAAGCUACUCCUAAUACCCCACUGAAUUCCUUUAACUCUCUCCUCUUGUGGAUCUUAGGAGGCCCUUCUUCAGAUAACAGGGUGUCCUUUUUCUCCAUGUUCAGAGACAUGCGGGACCCCAGCCAAGACUAUGCAGAAUCUCCCCGACAAGAAACCCGUCCGAUGGCACAGCAUUCAUGGUGGAGGAGAAUCUGAGUCAUAAGGGAAAUCAGUUUUGGAGAAUCUUCCAAUAAAAAAAUGUAGAUGCACAAAUGGUGGUGAAAGUCCACUUCAUCAAACAAGAUAAUCAAGGGAAUUGAACAAAAGCUGUUGGGAAUAUGUGAAGCAGUCUGUAAUAUUCUUGUUUAGCUUGACAGAUUGAAGUAGACAUUCCACAUAUCAAGCAUUUGAUUGUUAAUAUACUUGUAUCAUAAAGUUCAAAUUUUUUUUUUCCCACAACAGUAAUAUCGCAAGGAAACAAUAAGAGGUUCAGUUCA